UAUUAAAAAGCCUUUUCCUUCAACAGGAAGGCAUCUCAUCUUUCCUUUCUCCUCUAGUCUUUCCACUCAUGGCGUCCGUCGAUGCCGUGACCGGCCGCAGCGAGGAGGAGGUGCGACUGCUCUACCUGGAGUGGAGGGCGAAGCAUCGCCCCAUCGUCCAGGACGCCCUCGAUCUGGACGCCGACCGCUUCGAGGUCUUCAAGGACAACCUCAGGCGCGUGGACGAGCACAACGCGGCGGCCGACCGCGGGGAGCACUCCUUUCGGCUCGCGAUCAACCAGUUCGCCGACCUCACCAACGAGGAGUUCCGAGCCAGGUAUCUCGGCAACUUCUCCCGGCGGAAGCGGCCAGCUACCCAGUCCGUUCAGGAUCAACACAGAGGAGAUGAUUCUACUUAUGCUGAAGUUGUGUCUUUCAAAGAGGCCGGAGGGUAGUUCGGAUCCUUUGUCCUUAUUUCUCUGUCCUCAUGUCCCAAUGUCGAUCGGAUGAGUCAGAUUACAUUUCAAGGAUGCCUAGCAUAUUACGAGGAUACUACACACAUCUUAAAGAUGUCAUGAUAUAAUGAGAUAUAAUCUGAUCCGUCCGAUCGACAGUGGGACACGGGGACAGAGAGAAAUGGGGACAUAGGAACUCGCCGGAGGGAGUGAAGAAAUGGAGCAACUGAAACUUUAACUUGCAACUGUUUUUCUGGUACCAUGUCUUUAUGUGUAAGAUCUUUCAAUCUACUUGUGAGUUGUUAUAUCCUUUAUCUGCUAAAA